AACGUCGCUCGGAUUCAUCAUCUGUCCUUGUUUAAUAUUUAAUGUUAAACAAGGACAGAUGAUGAAUCCGAGGCAUUCGAGCAACGUUUCCGAACGCAGCCAUAGUAUAGGCCGCGAACUUGCGUGGAUCAAACUGCAUCAAACUCGAAUCGCGAUUUUACCAAUCGCGCAUAAUCUGGUGCUCUGGGCAACACUUCACGGCAAAGUUGCGAUAAUCGCGAUACGUCCGAUUGCUGCGACCGUUAUGAUGGGGUUAUGUCGUCCUUCCGUGACGAUAAAAGAUGAGUGGAGAUGAGUCCACCGGCUGUGGAAAGUACAAGAUUCACAGUCCACUAAUGACAUCCAUACCAUCUACACCCAAACCUAGAAGAGCUCUAAAAUUAACAGAUACAAGUAAUAUUCAUAGUCCACCAAUGACAUCCAUAUCACCCAAAUCUAGAAAAUCUCUAGGAUCAGAAGAUACAAGCAAAAACUAUUCCUUAAACAAUAAAUUUCAAAAUUCAGAAAUAGAAGGAAAAAUAUCAAGACAGCAAAAUAUAUCAAAUUCAUCUGAAACUGAAGAAGAAUCAUUCAAAAGUUAUGAAAAUACACAAAUAACAGAAAGUUCUAGUGAGGAAGACGAAAAGAUAUUAUCUUUACAUUGUUCGCAAAAUCGCUCUAGAACUAUCUCUCCAGAAAGAAAUGUUCAUUCAAAACAGAAAAUAAAGUAUGAAAGGGAGUCUACAUCAAAGUAUAUUGAGGAGAAUAAACAGAAAACAAGCAGCAAUCUUCAUUGCUACAUUUUGAUAUUAAUAAUAGUAGUAGGAAUAAGUUUUUCGAAAUUACAUGAAAAUAAAGAACAAAUACAGUCUAUAAUCCCCAAUAAUCCAUAUACUUCACUGUUAUUUAAAUCAGUCCAAAACCUCAAGACAACAUUUUAUAAUCAAGAAUCAGAUAUUUGGAAUGAUAUUUCAUCUGCUAUAAACGAAGUGAUAUCAAGCACUCCCAAAAUACCUUCAGUAAUUUUGCUGUUUGCAGAGGAAACAGCUACAAUGAAUUGUUUCGCUACUAAACUAGCACAUAUGAGUAGUGACAUUUUGAAUGCAGAUAAUUAUCUGAUAUUUAAUCCAAAAGAUUUUGGAAACGAUGCUGGUGAGAUCAUUGUUACAUUAAACGAAUAUUCUCCGGAAAAAAAAAGAGUUGUGAUUAUUCACGACAUAUUGAAAAUUAAUGCAGAAGCAAUAAAGGCAUUACAUAAUUUAUGCGAUAGAAUAAAUCCUUUAGUAGCAGAAGCUAUUUACAUUCUUACUAUGCAAACUAACAGUUCUUUAUCACAACAGAAGAAGCUAAGCUUUGUAGAAAAUGAGAUUUAUAAUCGACUAUCAAAGAGCAUCGAUCAAGAUGUUUUGAUGGCACUCGUAACGCGCAUUACAGAUGGAGUAAUUAUAUCGGUACGACCUGAGCCACAAUUAAAAUAUUGCUAAUCUUAAUUGCAAGAAAAUAAGUAUAUACAGUUACAACA